ACAAGUCAUUGCAGGACCAGGCCUCUCUUGGGCAGCGUUUCCAAACUGAAGACAGCAUUUGGCAAGAGCUGGAAGCUAACAACUGAACGCAGGAGACUGUAACUGAGGUGCACACACCAAAAACUGACACCCCUCUGAGCCAGUCAUUCCUGGCAACUCCAAGCGAUGCCUCUUAAAGACGCAAAAGCCUCACAAGACAAGCAACUUCUAGACUGCAUCUCUGAGAAGGCGAGACGGAGAAAACGCUUCCCCGCAGACGGCCAAGUGGGCCGUGUGUGUGGCUCAAAGGCUCUCAGUGAGCUCCAGGUGACAAUUUACUUAUUGUUGGUGGAACUAUGUGAGAAGUUCACUUUCCUGGGCGUGGUCUGCAACAUGAUCCUUUUCUGCACCAUCAAGCUUGGCUAUCACAACUACCAGGCAGCCAUGAUCAACCUGUGCUUUGUGGGGGCCUGUAUGGUGACUCCCGUUUUGAUGAGCUGGCUUGCCGAGUGCCUGGUGGGGAGGAUCAAGUUGGUGUACAUCUGCACAUUGCUACAUUUUAUAGGUACAGCUCUGUUACCUGUUGUUGCCUUCCCCUUUGAAGAUAUUUACAUAGAAAAGCAUGACUUUCUUCACACUCUGGCUAAAAGCGAGCAGGAGGUCUUCUUUGGCGUUGGAUUAUGUGCCACCUGUCUUGGAUCAGGAGGAAUAAGAGCCAUUGUGUGUCCCUUGAGUGCCUACAGUCUGGAUGACCAUGGACAAAAAGAGCUUCUUUCCUUCUUCAACUGGUUUUAUUGGAUGGCAAACCUAAGUUCAGCCAUUGCCUUUGUCAGCAUUUCAUGCAUCCAGCAGUCGGUGGCCAAAAACCUUGGCUUGCUCAUCCCCUCUGUCUCUGUCCUGAUGGCUCUGAUCACGAUUCACAUGGCACGCAGUGAAAUGAUUGGCCAGCCCCCCAAAGGUAGUUCCCUGCUGACAGUCUGCGGGGUCUUUGCUAAUGCACUAAAAGAGUGUUGUGUGAAAUGUCGCUAUUUCAGUGGGAACGUCACAAACUUGCUUGACCAUGCCAAGGAAAACUAUGGUGGCCGGUACAGCGAAACUGAAGUGGAAAGCACAAAAUGGCUUCUUGGUCUCUUUCCUCUCUUUGCUUUUCAAAUCCUCUAUAGGACGUGUGUUAUGCAGAUACCUUCAGCAUACUAUCUCCAGACAAUGAAUUCGAAUUUGAAUUUGAAUGGAUUUCUCUUGCCAAUGGCAGCCAUGAACGUGAUGAGCAUCCUGCCCUUCUUGAUUCUGACGCCUGUUCUAGAUUGUCUCAACAAUUAUUUUAGCAAUAAUGCUAAAACAAGCGGCUGGUGCCCCACAGUCUUCAUUGUUGUAGGUUACACAUCUGCCACCCUCUCAGUGAUGGUUGCUGGGUUUUUUGAGGUGCACAGAAAACAUUUCCCUCUGGUAGAGCAGACGCUUUCAGGCAAAGUCCUCCUUGUUUCCUCCAUGCCGUGCAUCCAUCUGUCCCCACAGUACAUCUUGCUUGGUGCGGCAGAAGCUCUGGUGACUCCCACCUGUUCCUUAAUUACAUUCAAGUUUGUGCCGGGCAGACUUCGUGGGAUUGCCAUGCAAGUCUUGACGUUCUUCAAUGGAGUUGGUUGCAUUGUGGGAGCCUUUCUUGUUCAAGCAGCUUAUGUCGGCUCACAAGGAGAUUGGUUUCCAAGCAUUCCAAGUGAAGGCAAAUUGGAGCGGUUUUACUUCUUCCUAGCCUCAUUAAUGGUGAUUAAUACCUUGGGCUUCUGGACCAUCUCACACAGAUACAACAAUCUGCAGCAGGACUGUGACAAAGGAUUCAGAGGGGAUCUUCUCCAAGAGCAACUUUUACAGCAUGAGAAAUCACUUAAGUUUUAUGACAGUACCCUGGAUCGUCCCUCUCCUUUGUCUCCCAUGGAGACUCUCCUGUGAAAUCUUGCUCUGAACAGGACUGGCGGCGUGCACGGUGCAGUCAGUCAUCAGAGCAUUUUCUGUCAAAUUUUAAUGAUGUGUUUCUUUCUUUGUUUAUGAACUGACUUAACACUUGUAGAUAGUUGUUUAUCUUUUUUGUUUUUCCUUUUUAAAAAGAUCCUAUGCAAGAUCUUUCAGACUUUAGACCCUGAUCCUUAGCUGUUCCAUAUGUCUCACUCUUUCUACAGCUAAUGAGAGGCCCAUGAGUGAUAGAGGCCAACUCGUUGACUAAAGCUGCAUGUGUGCUAGCAAAAGACGCACAUAUGCAGUGGCUGUGUUCCUCGUUCUGAAGUAUGGGGGAACAAUUUUCACGGAGCCCCAUCUUCCCACAGAAGCACUCUGUGCAACCUGAAAAUCUGUCCCUGAGGAUUUUGUGGCACUCAGGGACAUAAUUUCAUCUGCUAAGUGCUUCUGGGGGGAGCAGAGGAUUGGCAAAAAUUGUCCCCCUGCACACAAGCCCUCUCACUUCAGGAUGCUUCCACUGUGCAUGUGGUUUUUAUUUUGGCUGCAUAUGUGCAGCGUCAGUGAGGGUGUUGGCUAGAGCCUUUUAACUGAGCCAAGGGGGCACUUAUAUACAUCUGAAUAUGUGUCUGUAUCACAUUAAAAAAUGACUUUUAUUUAAUAAAGUCUCCAACUGCACAAUCCUAUAACAGUCUGCUGUAUAAAUCUGCUUUUCCAAGAAAUGGGGUGCUGAGCGAAGGCUAAGAAAACUGACCCAGGGUAUAAAAACAGCCCUUCUGGAACAGGGUAAAGGCCCAUCUAGUCCAGCAUCCUGAUUCAUACAGAUGCCUCUGGGGAGCCCAAAGGCAAGAGGUGAGGGCAUGCCCUCUCUCUUGCUGGUGCUCCCC